AUGGAAUUCGACGCCCAGAUCUACCAAUCACCAUUUUUCCAGGAGUUGGCCCUCAAGGGCGAAAUACAUAGCGCCCAAGGCCAACCACCGGCACGGCAUGACAUGUAUCAGUACCUGUCCAAGAGGCAGGUAGACGACAGCGAUAGCGACAGCGACAGCGACGAUGACAUUGAAAGCGCCGUGCCAACGACACUUGCCGAACCUACCUCGACCUCGACCUCGAUAUCGUCAUCGUCCACCUCCCCCGAACCAACGAGCACUUCCUCCGCCCCCUCUGCCUCCAUCAUCACCACCGAAACCAAAACGUCCGACUCAACGCCCAGCGUCUCAAUCUCGACAUCCCCCUCCGUCACGGUGAUCACCACCCCGCUGCCCACCCCCUUCGACACGUCGCUAGGCAGCAACUUCACAAGCCCAUCCUGUCCACAAUUCUUCUCCACCUUUCUAAGCAACGCGACAUUCCAAGCUUGCGUCCCCGUAUCGCUCCUCCUGCAGAACUCCAACUCCUUCUUCCGCGCCCAACGCUCAGUGCCCCUCCUCACGCAGACGCUCGACGCAGCAUGCACGGCCCCGCUAGCGAUCUGUUCGCCCUUGAUGGCCAGCCUCGCGGCGCAGCUCAUCGACGACGCGAAUUGCGGCGACGACUACAGCCAGCAGAACCCGCUGGUCGUGCAGGCGCACGCGGGCCUUGUGGCGUACGAGCCCGUCUACCGCGCCACGUGUCUCAAGGACGACAGCGGCGCUACUCAAGACGAGGACGAGUCCAGCAGCAGCAGCGGUAAACCGUACUGCUUCGUCGAGGCGACCACCAACACGAACGCAAGCGGGUCCAAUUCUGCGGACUUCUACCCCUACUACACGGCCAUCGGGCUGAGCAUGCCCUUAACGGCGAGGCCGUCGUGUUCGCAGUGCCUCAAGGAGACGAUGGGCAUCUUUGCCUCGUACGCGGAGAAUGCCGUCCAGCCGCUUUCGAAGACGUACUUGACCUGUGCGGCGCAGGUGGAUAAGAGUUGCGGGAGUGGGUUCGUGAGUACGAACGUCGAGGUCGGGAGUGUGGCGAGUCCGAAUGCUGCGGCUGGGCCGGGCGCCUUGAUCCCGAGUGUAUCCUCGCUGGUUAUGCUCGUGGGAUUUAUCCCGUUAGUGGCCGGCGUAUUGUAA